AUGACCUCAAGAUUGACAUGCACGCAGGAGGAGGCUCAGACCAAGGAGAAAACCAAGGAUGGUGCCGAGAUCGAGGGCGAGGACGAGAACGAUAUCAUCAAUGAGGCGAAGGAGAGCAAAGGCAAAAUAGUAGCAUGGCGACGGUCUCACCAUGCACGUUUGGUCUGCUCACCAAGUGGACUUGCGUGCCCUACUGGGAUGGCCCAUGGACAUUCCAGUUGUUAUUCUUUUGUGAAUGAAGCGUUUGUUGUUAAACCCAGCCGAAUAACAAAAAGUCUUGCUUGUUUAUAG